CACUUCUUCACAAUAUAAUCAAAAAUUGGACUGGGUUGUCUAGCACUUGACAUAGCGCCACUUGCUGAAAUUAUAUCCUUCUUCAAGCUUUGAAUUUUUUUUGUUUUCUGUUUGCGGAGUUGUCUUCUCUUAUGGGCGUCUUUAACAUGUCUUAGAUAUUCUUAAUAGCUUUACUUUAGCGGAGGCCGUCGACUGAGCCGUUUUGUCAGUUCUGAGAAAAGUCUGCUCCGUUUAUAUAUUUGACGUAUUACGGGUAUUAAGCAGGAUUGCACUUGCUAUGGCUUCUCUCGAAGGUCUAGAUAGUGUCGAGAAGAAUUACAGACAGGAGAACAAAGCAGCUCUUGUAGACACAGAUUUCCCCUGUUCUCAAGGGGUUCCCGACUUUUUUCAACAGGACUACGAGUCAUCACAGAAAGUUUUAGAACUGGAAAAAACGGGUGGUCUGGAAGGUGACGACUCUGAAAAUGAAUCGCCUAGAAAUGGCGUCCUUUCCCAUCUUGGGAAACCUUCCUCUGUCCCAGCCUCUUUCCAGCUUCUCUCAAGGGCAGCUUUGAGGUGGUUGAAUAGUGGCGCCGAAGCAAAGCAGAGUCGCUCGUUGGCCCAAGCUACAAAGUCGAACUGUGGUAGCCACCUUGCGAAGACUUUUGAGCCUUGGGACUUUUCUGACGUCGUUUGCUCCGUUAAUUCAACAGCACUAGCCUUUGAUAACGGAACGAUGAAACCUGAAAGGCCUGCUCGUAGCGGUGUGUCGGGUACUUACUUUUUAAAACAAAAUACUUCGAGUCAGAACGUAUUGGGGGUGUUUAAACCGUCAGAUGAGGAGCCAUGCGUGGAGAAUAGCAAGACAAUGAACAGCUCAAGUUCACAACAAGGAUCUUGGCUAUCAGCAGUUUACAGCUGUCAUUACAGCGGACAAGGAGCACUUAAAGAAGUUGCUGCUUACCUACUGGAUCAUGGAGUAUUUUGUGCAGUUCCGCAAACCGUUUUGGCAAGUUGUGAUAUUGACCUUGGUGGUGGUUAUGGCAGUGAUAAAGGCAGCAACUUGUAUGGUCAGGAUUCAUUGGAAACAAAGACUGGUGCAUUUCAAGUGUAUGUUCCUAAUGUGGGUGAUGCCGAAGAUUAUGGUCCUGGUGUAUUCUCUGUGGAUGCAGUUCAGCGCAUUGCAUUUUUUGACCUCCGUGUUUUGAACUGUGAUCGCCACGGUGGUAAUUUGUUGGUUACCAAAAGUACUAACGGAAAUAGCUUUCAAUUGGUACCGAUUGAUCACGGCUUUAUUUUACCGGAUAAAUUUCAAAGUUAUCCUUGGCCUGUUUGGAUGGAUUGGCCACAAGUAAAAGAGCCGGUUUGUGAAGAUGUGAGGAGAUAUGCGGAAACGUUAGAUGGAGAAAUGGAUGCUCGUCUUAUCUUGGAUGAAACAGAUGGAAGAUUGUCAAGAAACAGUUUAAGGAUUUUGCGUAUAAUGACAGCGCUUCUUCAACGAGCCAUUUCUAAGAACCUUACGUUAUAUGAAGUCGGUUGCCUUGUUUAUGUUCAUGACCCUGAAAGAGAGGAGAGUGAGUUCUCUACCAUUAUGCUAGAGGCAGCAGAAGCAACUGAAGCACGAAAUUCACAUAUUUUAUACGACGAAGAGCAUUUACCGUCAUCGUGUACUCCAUCGCAGUUUCAUAGUUGUUAUUCUGAUUGUGGAGACCCCAUCUUUUCUUUAGACUGUGAUGGUCUUUCAGAAUCAGCUGCGGGAAGUGUUGGUUCUGACCUUGUCUUUUCUGCGAGUGCGCCCGGUAGUCCUUCGACCGUACGACACUUUUCUCAUUGGGAUCUUACGGAAGAUGACUAUCUUGUUCGAUAUGCAAUGAAACUUUUUGAGGAAAAGCUAGAUGAACUUGUUCUGCGUAGACAAAAUAAGAGCAGCAAUUCUGGAUGCCCACGAAUCUUCCGCUCAAGGAGCACGCCAGAUAUAUACAGGUGGCGCCCAGUUUCAGUAAUCCAUUCUUCAGAACUGAAAGAUGGCAUGGAAGGGAGACAAUCUGUUACCAGUGGUGCAGUAUUCAGAGUUGCAGAAACGAACAAGGAGAUGUUCAAGGUUGAAGGGGCAACAAGUGGAUUGCCUCAGAAACAAGGUUCUCGUGCAUCUCCUUGUUCCACAAUGGAAAAUAUGAUAAACAAUAAUGACUGGACUUCAUCUGCUGGGAAUACUUCGUUCGAAAGGCAGAGUGUCUAGUUGUUACAAGUUUUUCACUGUUACUUUUUCGUUGUUCCAAGUAAUUUCUUGGCAUUUGUUCAUAGGAUGGUUGAAAUAAAACUUCUUUUUACUGUUCGUUGUA